CGUGGGUCGCGCGCAGGCGCACGCCAUUCUCGAUUUAUCAAUACAAUAGUAUAAGGACAGCCUGGAGAGCAGAGCCUAGAUUAGUGUUCAGUAUCUGGACCGAACCGCGGCGGAGAGGUAACAAAUUUGAGGAGAUGGAGGACAAAAAGAAAAGGAAGGAGAACGAAAACUCCUCCAAGAGCGACAGAGUCACUCUGAAAAAAGAGAUUGGGCUUCUGAGCGCUUGCGCUAUUAUUGUUGGGAACAUCAUCGGCUCUGGAAUAUUCAUCUCCCCCAAAGGAGUGUUGGAACAUGCAGGCUCAGUGGGGCUGUCACUCAUUGUGUGGGUUUGUGGAGGGGCAAUCUGUGCCCUUGGGUCUAUGUGCUAUGCCGAACUGGGUGUCACCAUCCCGAAGUCUGGAGGGGACUAUUCGUAUGUGACAGAAAUCUUUGGAGGCCUAGUGGGCUUCUUGUUGUUAUGGAGCGCUGUCCUCAUCAUGUACCCAACGACGCUUGCUGUCAUUGCGCUCACCUUCUCCAAUUACGUCUUGCAGCCAGCCUUUCAGAACUGUCUACCUCCGUUCAUCGCCACCAGACUCCUUGCAACCAUCUGUAUCUUAUUCCUAACCUGGGUGAACUGCUCUAGUGUUCGCUGGGCGACCAGGAUUCAGGAUGUUUUCACUGUAGGAAAACUCCUCGCUCUCGCACUCAUCAUAGUGGUGGGAUUCGUCCAAAUCUCCAGAGGUCAAUAUGAUCCCCUGCAGCCCAGCGUGGCCUUUAAAUUCAGUCAGGAUCCUUCAGUGGGACAGAUUGCACUUGCCUUCCUCCAGGCCUCCUUUGCCUACAGUGGCUGGAAUUUCCUCAACUAUGUCACAGAGGAGGUUGUGGAGCCACGCAAGAAUCUGCCACGUGCAAUCUACAUCUCAGUCCCUUUGGUCACUCUGGUCUACACAAUGACCAACAUUGCCUACUUCUCUUCCAUGACUCCAGAGGAGCUGCUCGCAUCUAAUGCUGUUGCAGUGACAUUUGGGGAAAAGCUUUUGGGGAUGUUUUCCUGGGUAAUGCCGAUAUCUGUAGCACUGUCAACAUUUGGAGGAAUUAAUGGAUACUUGUUCACCUCUUCCAGAUUAUGUUUCUCUGGGGCCCGAGAGGGUCAUCUGCCUUAUCUGCUGGCUAUGAUCCACCUAAAAAACUGCACACCUAUCCCUGCUCUGCUGGUCUGUUGCUUUGCCACAGUAGUUAUCUUGUGUAUUGGAGAGACACAUAACCUGAUCAACUACGUGUCCUUUAUCAACUAUCUGUCCUAUGGGGUGACAAUUGCUGGCCUGCUCUACCUCCGCAAGAAGAGACCCAACCUGGCUAGACCUAUCAAGGUAAACCUGCUGAUUCCCAUCAGCUACUUGAUUUUCUGGGCUGUGCUGCUGUGCUUCAGUCUGUACUCUGAACCAGUAGUUUGUGGCCUAGGAAUGGUCAUCAUGUUGACAGGGGUACCUGUGUAUUUUGUGGGUGUUCAGUGGAAGGAGAAACCCAAAUGGAUCUAUAGGCUGAUUGAAAAAGUGACAUAUAUGGGUCAGAAGGUGUGUUUUGUGGUGUUUCCUCAGGGAGACCCCUCAGAGACUGAACCCCUCACUUCCUCCAAAGCCACUGACUGAGCAUCGAAGUCAGCUACAAUUUCCAUUUUUACAACAACACAGUACCACCUUCAAUUAUUAUUACUUUUUUAAAUGAGUUAAAUUCUCAUGCUAAUGUGCCUUAUGAAAUAUAUGUGUCUUUAUGUCGUUAUGUGCAGGUCGGUGUAGGUAUUUUGAGUGUGUAACAGUUUUUAUGAGUUAAAUCUGCAAUAUUUCUCUUUUAUAGUUGCUACUUUAAUCUGUUUCACUAAUUACUCAAACAAUGUUUUCUGUUGGUCAGCUCUGGAUGAGUAUUUUUUCUAUCUGUGUUUGUGCAUGUAGUAUGUUGGCCAUUCUUUUUCUGGGAAAUACUGUAGUUGCCUCCAUGUUAUUAUUAGAAAAAAUAUGAUCUCCCCCAGCAAUAUUUAAGAUACAGGAGGAUGAUGACCGAGUCGCUCCAAAAUUAACAUGCUGUAUCACUACAACAUAUGACGAAAGACUUUUCUUCCAGGGUUUCUCCUUUUAUGCAUUGCAAGACUGUUGAGCAAGUACUUUUAGAAAUACUCCACUCUGAACUCUCUCAAGGUGCUUGACCAGCCAACAGUUAUUUAGACUCACGUUAUGUUAUGAUAAAGAUGAUGAUGAAUAUGAUAAAGAACUAACCAUUAAUGUGGAUAUCAUUAACAGAAUUCAUACUGACGGAUAAAUGGAUGCUGGCAGUGAAUGUUUACUGCAUGUGCCAGUUCCCACUUUCCCUAAAGCAACAGCCACUGCAAUGACACUUGGCUCUUUUUAUCAAUCUGAUUUAAAUAUUAAGUUUCAGAUGAGUCUUAAUUAUUCUGAUGAUUCACUAUUAUGUUCAAACUGAGUGACUCCUGAGUGCAGUUGCAGUACCCCAUUUGUUUUUGCACAAAGAUCCUUUUGUAAUGUCGGAUACAAUGUUUUUAAAUAUGCCCUGGUUGUAUCCUCAGAUUUUGUCACUGACAUCUUUAUGAAACCUUUCAAUAUGGAAUGGUGAGAUUUUAAAGUAAAUUUAUGUAUGCUGUUUUUAUUGUGGCCCAGGAGAUAUUGCUGUUGACCUGUUGCAUUUGGGUAAUCCCUUCAUAGCACUUGUUUAUAAGGUGUAUAUGUUGUCCAUAUAUCUGAACAAAGGAAGGUUUGGGAAACAGGAUGUAAACUAAAUGUUGGUAAUUUCUUGGAAAAUGUCUGUGCUGCAUUGUUCAAGUGCUGUUAGCUCAGGUGAAAUCUGUAAAUAUUGUGUAAAGAAAACAAACGCUAAAAACAGGCUUCUAUAAAGAUCACAUUCCUCAGACACAUAUGCAUACUAUAAUGGAUGGGGGUACAUCUGUGUUUUGUAAAGGACUGUUAAGUUGUACAUUAUUAACAAUAAAAUCACUUAUUAUAAAAACAA